AUGUUGGCCGCACGCGUCUUCCGCGGAUCGCUGCCACCGGUGCAGCUGGCCCGUGGCCCGCUUGCAGUGUGUCGGCCUCGGCUUGGCUCAAAGACCUUUGGUAGACCUCUGUCCGAUCAUGACCAAGAGUACUCGAGUAUUGUGCACUUCCCGUUCAGGAGCCCAUCUCAGCUUCGAAAAUACACAACAAUAGGGGCGAAAAGCUCUGAGAAAGAAAAGAUCAGCCUGACCGGGCCUGAAGAGCUGCUCAUGGGGACACUGUUCCUGAGAGCCCACGACAGCCGGGCCGCAAAGCCCAUCCUGGGGGACCAUUACGCACAACAGGUUAUUGACCGGUGCGACAUCGAUACCGACAGAACCCACUAUCCGACAGGAGAGCUGUGGGUCCGAGCACUUAAUUGCAGGACCAAGCAGCUUGAUGACUGGUGUCAGGACUUCCUGGACAGACACGGAAACAAUCCAGUCACGGUAGUCCAUCUUGCCUGUGGCUUGGAUAGCAGGUACUGGCGUGUCAGAAAGGGAUCGAACGUGCGUUGGAUCGAUAUAGACCAGCCUGCCGUUGUUGAGCUACGGUCGCGUCUGAUCUCACAGCCAGAUGGGGACUACACACUGCGGACACUACCGAUCACCAAGCCAGGAUGGACCAGUGAUAUUCCAAGGGACCGUCCGACUUUGGUCAUCGCAGAGGGGCUCUUCAUGUAUCUCGAGCCAGCAGAGGGUAGAGCUAUCUUCCAGGAGGUGGCAGAGAGGUUCAGUGAGGGCGAGAUCAUGUUGGAUUCGCAGUGCUCGCUCAGCAAAUUCUUGACAUCUUGGAUUUCCGUGUUUCGGUCCAGCGGAUCAGUAUUCAAGUGGGGCACGGACAACCCGCAUGGAGAAGUUGAGGCGACGCAUACAAAGUUGAAGUUAAAGGAUCAGAAGCUGUGGCAGGAUUAUGUUGGCACCCAUCCGCCACUAUUUGGUGAGCUCGGCACAUAUGUUGCGUCUUGGAUGCCGAGCUUCAAAUGGAAUCUCUGCUUGAGUCGGUUCAAAUUUUGA